AUGAUAAAGGCAGGCUCCUCCAAAACGCUCCUGUUUUCAGUCGUUAUAAUUCUUCAAGUAUUCUUGUGUCGACUUCCAAAAGCAUCAGCUCUCUCCUCGCAAUGUGUCCCACGUCCAACCGCAUUUGUUCCAGAGUUUGAUAGUAGGAAAACAACACCAGCCUAUCACAUCAAGAUUGAACCACGGCCACGAAGCCAUAAUAGCAAAGAUUUCCAAAAUUGCCGUCACAAUCUACAGGCGCAACAGGAACUCAUCAAGUUGAUUGAAGAUUCACAAGACUGCCGGAGUCUCGGAGAUGUCAUUCGGAAUUCCAACUUUCUGUUUCAUUCCAACUACGCCAUUAAGGCCCUCGUGGAAAAGCUGGUCGAAUUAAAGCCGGGGAUGGGAAGUCGGGAUAUCUCGGGCUUGCUGAAUGUUCUUUCCAAGUCGAGAGUUCCCAAAUCGUCCAAAUCGGUCCAUGGCACUCUCAUGUCCAAUUUGGCAGAGCUCUCGCUCCAAAAGUUUCAUCUCUUUGAAGCCAGAGAUAUUUCCAUGAUGUUGAAUGCCUUGGCUAGACGGAAUAUCAACAAUCGCAAGGUCUUUAACACGGCUGGAGAUUUGGCCGUGGAAAUCUUGGACGAAUUCAAUCCAUUGGACAUUGCCCAAAUGAUGAAUGCCUUUGCGAGAAUGGAACACUGGCACGAGCCGGUUUUUACCCGGGUAGCAACCAUAGCCAUUCCGAUCCUGCCUCGAUUUUCGGCCCAAGGAAUUGCCAACACGGCCAAUGCUUUUGCCAAGAGCGGACAAAAACAUCCCGAUCUCUUUGAUGGAAUGGCGCAAGCUUCCAUUUCCAUAAUUCACAAUUUUAAUGCCCAAGGUUUGGCCAAUACGGUCAAUGCCUUUGCUAAAAUGGAACACAAUCAUACCGAACUCUUUGAUGCUGUGGCGGAGGCUGCGUUGCCUUUAAUUGAUACCUUCAAACCACAAGAGUUGGCCAUUACCGUCCAUGCCUUUGCCAAAGUUGGGCAUCUCCAUCCAAAACUAUUCGAGGCGGUUGGAAAAGCAGCCGUUCCCACUCUUGGUUCCUUUACGACGCAGAACCUUGCCAAUAUGGUCCAAGCCUUUUCCAAGAAUGAGCAUGACGAUGUGGAAUUGUUUCAAGCCGUUGCUGACAUGGCGUUGACAAGAAUGAAGGAUUUCAAUGCGCAGGAUGUGGCCAAUACGGUCAAUGCCUUUUCGAAUGCUGGUUAUUAUCAUACGGCACUGUUUGAAGAGACUGCCCGAGUGGCCAUUCUCAUGAUGCAUACCUUUAAUACCCAGGAACUGGCCAAUACGGCCAUGUCCUAUGCCAAAGUCCAACACCACCAACCGGGUCUCUUUGACCAAAUAGCGGAAGCUUCCAUGAAAAAGAUUGACGAAUUGAACACCCAGGAUGUUUCCAACCUUGCGACGGCCUUUAGUCUCAUGGGAUAUGUCCAACCAGUCUUGAUGAAUGAAAUGGCCAAGGUUUCUUUGGAAAUGCUAACUGAAUUUACACCUUAUCAUCUGGCCGAGACCGCCUUGGCCUACUCGGCCAUGUCCGACAUUCACAAUUCUCAAUUUUUGUUGGCGGCCAUUGACGACGAACUGGAACGUCGGUUUGGUGGUCCAAUUUAG